CCUCCACCCCUCCCCUCCGUCGCCUCCAUCUCAAGCCGUCGCUAGUGGCGUAGCCGGGUCUUGUUCGGGAGCCGCGUCAGCCGCCGCGGAGUCGCCUGUGCUCGCCGCGCCGGGUGGUGAGCGGGAAGCCGGUCCGUGAGGGGAGGGGAGGGGAGAAAGAGAGAGCCAUGGGGGAAGCGUCCCGCCGUCCCCGCUGAGAGAGGCGCCCGGGCCCGCUCUGCUCUGGCUGCUGGAGCCAUGGACAAAGCCGUCGGCGGCCAGAAUGUGAAACUGUCUGCUGAAGUAGAACCAUUCAUUCCUCAGAAGAAGGGUCCGGAUUCACUUAUGAUGUCUAUGGCAUUACCUACUGACAGCGGAGGAGUUAAUGGCGUGGAACCAGCUCCUAUUCCUAGCUACCUGAUUACUUGCUACCCAUUUGUUCAGGAAACCAGUCCAAACAGGCAACUUCCACUGUAUAACAAUGAGAUCAGAUGGCAGCAGCCUAACCCAAACCCUGCUGGUCCGUACCUUGCUUAUCCCAUUAUUUCUGCCCAGCCACCUGUUUCUGCUGAAUACACGUAUUACCAAUUGAUGCCAGCACCAUGUGCCCAGGUCAUGGGCUUCUAUCAUCCAUUUCCAGCCCCUUACUCUGCACCCUUCCAGACAACAAGUGCCAUAAAUACGGUUGCAGCAGAAUGCACGGAUCGCCCAGCCCAACCCAACCAGGUCUUUCCAUUAUGUAGCCAGCAGAGUAGAAGCUCCAACAGGGGACCAGCUGUGCAAAAACAACAGCCUCCACAGAUACACAUAAAAAGCAAAAGGCCUCCAGUGAAAAGUGUUGCUAUCCAGAAAGAGACCAGUGCAUCGGGUCCUGAGAGCAGACCUAAAAUUGUACUCUUGGUGGAUGCUUGUCAGCAAACAGACUUUCCAUCGGAGAUCGCAAGCAAGUCACUGUCUGAGAGUGUGAGCAACAUGCACUGGAAACCAAAAAGCAGGCGGCGGCGAACCUCCCACCCUGCGGAAUCCUCUAGUGAGCAAGGGGCUAGCGAAGCAGACAUUGAUAGUGACAGUGGUUAUUGCAGUCCUAAACACAGCAACCAGGCUGCGGGUGUGACCUCAAGGAGCACAGACUCUGCUGCAUCAAAUGUAGUAUUCCCUUAAAUGUCUGCGGUGUUUAUUUCAGGAGCCGGUUGGGCAAGUGUCAGUUCCCAAGCAACUCAGAAAAAGCCUUGGAUAGAGAGAACACCAGUUUUCUCAAGAGGUGGACGACAACCUGAGCAAUGUAGUAAUUCACAGCCUGCCUUUAGAUGUAGGGGACAUAGCACAUCUUCAGAGAGAAGACAGAACUUGCAGAAGAAACACGAGAAGCCUACAACCAUAAACCAGUCAAACAGAACAGAGCCAAGUCCUGAGCCCCUCUAUUUCGAGGAUGAAGACGAAUUUCCAGAGUUAAACAGUGAAAAUGGAAAUUCCAAGGGUGGUAAUAUGCAGCUGAAACAUGCCCCUAAAGUGUUGGAUGGUUUACCUGAAAAUUCUCCAAUCAAUAUUGUACAGACUCCAAUUCCAAUCACCACGUCUGUUCCUAAACGGGCAAAAAGUCAAAAGAAGAAAGCCCUAGCAGCAGCACUGGCUACAGCUCAAGAGUAUUCAGAAAUUAGCAUGGAGCAGAGAAAACUCCAGGAAGCAGUUUCAAAAGCAGCUGGAAAGAAGAGCAAAACACCUGUGCAGUUGGACUUGGGGGAUAUGCUAGCAGCUCUUGAAAAACAGCAGCAAGCUAUGAAAGCUCGCCAGAUCACAAAUACCAGGCCCCUUUCCUAACAGGUGGUUGGCAGUGCUGCACCUUUUCAUGCCAAAGAACCUGCCAACCGAAAAUCCUUAACUAAAGGACAGCCGUCAGUGGGUUGUCUGAAUCCUUUGGACUCCACUGCCCCAAAAGUGAAACGAGGAAAAGAAAGAGAGCUCUCAAAGCUGAAGCGUCCAACAGCACUUAAAAAGAUUAUCUUGAAAGAAAGAGAAGAAAAAAAGGGGCGCUUAUCUGUAGAUCAUACGCUUCUGGGAGCUGAUGAAGAACAAGAGGUGAAUCUGACUCCAAAUCAGUCAGAAGAAGUAGCAUCUCCAGAAGAAACUGGCUUGAGUGUGCCGAGUGACACUUCACUCUCUCCAGCAAGCCAAAAUUCUCCUUACUGCAUGACUCCAGUAUCCCAAGGCUCACCUGCCAGUUCAGGAAUAGGUAGCCCAAUGGCUUCUUCAACCAUCACAAAGAUUCAUAGCAAGAGAUUCCGAGAGUACUGUAAUCAAGUUCUAAGCAAAGAAAUAGAUGAGUGUGUGACCCUCCUGUUACAAGAGCUUGUCAGCUUCCAAGAACGAAUUUACCAAAAGGACCCCAUGAGAGCAAAAGCAAAGAGGAGGCUUGUGAUGGGCUUACGCGAGGUUACAAAACACAUGAAGUUAAACAAGAUCAAGUGUGUUAUCAUUUCUCCAAACUGUGAGAAAAUCCAAUCAAAAGGUGGACUGGAUGAAGCUCUGUACAACGUAAUAGCCAUGGCACGGGAACAAGAAAUCCCCUUUGUCUUUGCCCUGGGUCGUAAAGCUCUUGGUCGCUGUGUGAACAAGCUAGUUCCUGUUAGUGUGGUCGGAAUCUUCAAUUAUUCAGGUGCAGAGAACCUCUUCAACAAAUUGGUGUCGCUGACAGAGGAGGCUAGGAAAGCGUAUCGAGACAUGGUUGCAGCAAUGGAGCAGGAGCAGGAAGAGGCCUUGAAGAACAUUAAGAAGGUGCCCCACCACAUGGGGCAUUCUCGGAAUCCUUCUGCAGCAAGUGCAAUUUCAUUCUGCAGUGUUAUUUCAGAGCCCAUUUCAGAAGUGAAUGAGAAAGAGUACGAAACAAAUUGGAGGAACAUGGUGGAAACAUCAGAUGGAUUGGAAACUUCUGAAAACGAAAGAGAGACCUCUUGUAAGGUUGCUGCUCCAGAAAAGCCCGACAGCAGUAAGGCUGUUGCUAAUAAGCAGCUGUCUCUAGCCACUGUUGGGGUUGUUGCGGUCACAACUCAUGGGAAAGCACUUGGUGGCAAGGAAGAACCCAAACCAGAUGACAAUCUGGAAUGGGCCUCGCAGCAAAGCACAGAUACAGGAUCUUUGGAUGGCAGUUGCAGGGAUAUUUUGAACUCCUCCAUGACCAGUACAACCAGUACCCUUGUCCCAGGAAUGCUGGAAGAGGAGGAUGAGGAUGAGGAAGAGGACGAUGACUACACCCACGAACCUAUAUCUGAAGAAGUUCAGCUCAACAGCAGAAUUGAAUCUUGGGUCUCGGAGACUCAGCGGACUAUGGAAACACUUCAGCUUGGGAAGAGCCUUAGCAGUGCAGAGGAUGAGAACGUUGAGCAAAGUGGUGAGGAGGAGGAAGCCGAAACUCCCGAGCAAGUGGAUUCGGUCGUCGACAGUGAGGAAUGGACAAUGGAUAAGCAUGCAAGUAAAGCCCAGCAGAAGCCUUCAGUCUGCAGUUCCCUGGAGACGAAGCAUACGGACUCAAACUAUAUACCAUAAACUCAAGCACAAACUCAGGAAACAUUAAUAUUUUAAAAACUAACUGUUGUAAGGAUUUCAGCCAUUGCUUUGUGUGCUUCAUCUCAGCAUUUUGCACUGUGUAACGUUUAAUAUGCAUAUUUAAUUCACAACAUAUUUUUUGUAGCUGUCUUUAUUACUUUUUCCAUUAAGAGCUAGAGUGUAUGUGCAUGUGUGUAAUGACUAUUUAUAUCUUCCUCAGAACAGAUUAUGUGUGUUGAAACUGUCAGUAGGCAUCUUUUUGUACGAGAAAACUAUUUGCAAAUGACCAUUUUAUGCAAAAUUAUUCUCAAACUAUAACUCAAAAGUUCUUACACUUUCUAGCCUGGCAGUAGUGACCAAUAUUUGCUUUGUCGUUAUAUUAUCUUGAAAUUAUUUGACCACAACUUAGCGUACCAGAAUUUGGGACAGAAAUAAUCUUUCCAGGGGCUUUUAUCCUUGCUUAUAGGAGUUAGAAAGAUGCAUAUUAGUAACUUAACUUCAAACCUCUUUUACUGGUCUCAGGAUAUGCGUCUCAGAAAUGUACUCUUGAAAUGCUGGUUAUAACCAUCUAAAACAAUUUGGCAAGGCACCUGGGAAAGAGAAAUCUUAUUUCAUUUCGAUUCACUAUCAUUGUCACUGUGCCUGUAAGGACUGUCACAAGGGGACCCAUUAAUCACAGCUACUUUUCCUUGUUGGGUUUUGUAACUUUACCGUUUGCAGUUUUCACUUAUCUCAGGAAUGCUAAUAUAAAUUUAUAAAUGCUAUGUAAAUGCAGACACCGAAUUGGAUAUUGAUCAUUCAGCAGAAAGUAAGAUGGGUCAUUGAGGCUCAAUUUAUUGGGUAAAAGGGGGAGAGUUUUGCAUGCGAUGCUCCUGAUCACCUCUUACGUUUUUAGCUUGGGGUCAGUCAUAAAAGUUGGUUCUUGUUGAUGAUGUGAACUCUUCUGUAACAGCAGGAGUUCAUAAUAGUGAGCAGGCAGAAUUUAUUUGGGUUGGUGGGAAAUCAGUUGAUUUAGUGGAAGAAAGUCAGGCUGCUUUGCUAUUAACAUAAAAAAACCAAAAGGCUUCUCUAACUUCUGCAUGCUCUGCAUCAAACUUUUGUACAUUGCAGAACAUCGAAUUGUACCCAGAUAAGCUGCAUG